UCCGUCGUUUGUUCAUUGGCUAAACUCAGUGCAGUUGGACCUAGUUAUACGCCUGAUAUCUACCUACUGAUAAGCGGCACUGACAAGCUGCACAUUGUUAAAAGACGAGAAAUUGGCAAGGAUGUCUGAGAUAGAUGAAGAUGCAGUCCUGUCAGAUGUAGAGGGAGAGGAAGAAACACAACCAGAAGCAACCGAAGAAAAGGUACAGGUUUGCCAUUUGACAAAAGAAACCAUUGGUCAGGGGCUCUCAUUGCUUUGCCGAACAGGAAAUGGACUUGGACAUGCAUUCGUCAAAGUGGACCUAAUAGACAAAGGACUGGAUGACAUUGCUUCAAUCGGAAGUUUUAUCCACCUACGUUUUGUGGAUGUAUCCAACAACCAGCUGACUGAUCUUUCUCAUCUGGAAUCUCUGACCCAUCUGCUCUGGCUGAAGGUUGACAAUAAUGCUGUUGCAAGCUUCAAAGGGCAACCUUUUGCUCAGUUGACCUACCUGCAGCGGCUGAGUAUGGCAGGGAACAGAAUAACAGAACUGGAUGGCCUGGUUGGGCCUGCCUUGGAGAGCCUCAAUCUUACAGGUAAUGGCAUUCAGAGAUUGAACGGUUUUCAGAGUGGCUGUUUUGCCAACUUGGUAACUCUGGAGCUGAGGGGAAACCAGUUGGAUACCACUGAUGGCAUUAACCUUCCCAACCUGCAGCAAUUAUAUCUGGCCCAAAAUGUUAUCAAGCAUCUGGAGGGUUUAGAGAGGAUGGAACGCCUCACCACACUUCACCUUCGAGACAACCAGCUAGAAACUCUGGACGGCCUCAGUCCCAACAUGAAGUGUCUCCAAUACCUCAAUGUCAGAGGCAAUGCAAUAUUAGAAGAGAAUGCCCUGAAAAGCCUCGCACUUGUGUCAAAAACUCUGCGAGCUUUGGUGCUUACUGAUAAUCCUCUGGUGGAAUCGACAGACUACAGGCUGAGUGUACUGAUGCUCCUGACACAGCUGGAGCGAAUUGACAAAGAUCCUGUCUCCCCUGAGGAGAUGGCUGAGGCCAAGGAGAGAAUCAAGGAACUGAAAGAGGAAAUGUCUGAGCCAUAAGAUUGCAAUGAGGAAGUGUUUUACCUUGAAAACACUGGGUUGGUUGGUGUUUGUAGGUGGGUGUGUUGAAACGUAUUGUAGUAUACGGUAUAUUUUGAGUUUCUUAUAUUUGUAUCUGUAAAUGUGUUGCCUACAUUAUGGAUUAUUUUGUCAUGUUCUAACAGCCUAUUUAUUUUUUCAAUAAUAAACAUUUGAAAACGUUUA